GACCAGAUUGCUAUUCUGUGCCGCAACUAAUGGUACCAUGAUUCCCGGAGAUCUGGACGUACUCAGAGGAAAUUCCAGCGGUAGAUGCCAACCUUGUCCGGCGACCGGCGUGCUCCGGUUGCUGGUCCUGGCCGUCUGGGUGGCAACAGGAAAAUCUAGUGGUUGGCAGCAUCGGUGGAGAGCCGAUGCACGCCAGGUAGAGAGGUAGGUCCUCAGGACGGCGUGAUCCCAAUCUCAAUCUGCAAGGAGAUGGGGGGCGAAAGCAUGCUCUGCUAUGCUAGAAGCUCCGCGUUCCGGUCGGUGAACGCCACUGCCGCCGCGAGCUCAGCUCACCUCCGACGGCACAGAACGAAGCCACUGCCGCACCCGAGGCAACCGCGUCGACCCACCCCACCCAGACGACACCUCCUCAGCACCAACACGCCGGGACUACCAGGGCCGCGCGCGCCUCGCGCCCCCGAUCCAAAUCCAAACGGUGCAGGCGGACCAGCAGCGGCGCGCACGGGCGGCCACCGCGCCUAAUUGGCGCUGCGGCCGCCACCACGCCUGAAAACACAUGCGAUCGUGGGACCUCCGAUCCCGUCCCAUGUCACCGCCGGCCUGCCCGUGCCUUCCCAAGUUCCUAGCACCACAGGCGGCGCACAGGUGACGACGGAGCGGCAGCAGUAACCGGCAGGCGAAUUCGAAAUCCAGCCGCGCCGCGGGGCGAACUCGCUCUCAUGUGCAGGCGUGGCGUGGCGUGCAGCGCCGGCCCCAACCGCGGCCGGCCGUCGCGCCGCCGAGGCUACGACCGUUCGGGGCCCUCCCUGCCUCCACGCGGAAGCUCUACUUCCUGCCCCUCCCUCAAGACUGAACCCCGUCGCCUCUCGGGUCACCUUCGCCAGUCGCCACGCCGUCCCGCCCGGACCGCCGUGGCGCUCUGCUCCGAUCUACCAAAUCCAUGGCUCGGCACCGAGGACGCGGACGCAUAACAAUCAUGCCAUCCGCCAGCGCCUUGUCUCGCCGUCGGAUCGCCAGAUGGGAGAUACGGAACCAAACAAGGACCAAGAACGGGAUGGAACAGCACAUAUGCUGCUGAGUGCUGACUACUGGAAGAAGCACCAUCUGCAGCUACGUUGCGUAGUCAACACCGUGUCUUGCUUGUUCAACCACAUUGCUGCUGAGAGGCCUUCAUGGUUUGUAUCUCACUAUACCUGCGAUAUCCGAUAUGUUAGUGCACAAGAUGCUGACAUACUAAAGAUACUGUAUUUAUGACCAGUCCUGUUCAGUAAUAUCUUCCUUUGCGGUUUAACUGAUUCUGCAAGAACUGUCGGAGCACAUAAUCUACGUAUUUCAUUAUUAUCUUCUGCUGUUCUAUCUGUUUUUUUUUUGCUAUAAAAAAAUUCGAACUGAAUAAACUCUAUACAUUUGCAUUAUGUGCAGAUGGAAAAAACACAAAGGUUAGCUUUAUAUUUUGCUCCUCAUCCCUAGCAAUGUAUAUGACCUGUAUUGGCUAUGUGAAAAAGGCGUGUUUUUCUUGACCAAAAUAAAACAAAAGCAAAGGGAGUUAUUGCCACAAAAUUAAGCCUAAGCAUCUGUUUGUGGUCAAUGCAUGCCUACAUGAUCAUCUAUUUUUUCUUAGGCUUCUAUCCAUUGUCACUACAUAAAAUGCAUGCCCUACAAUCUGAAUAGACCUACACGAUUUGGGCAUUAACAUAUUCACGCUGCAAAUCAAAGUGUAAACACAAACAGAACAAUCAAUUUUUGGAAUUACUGGAAUUUCAUUAGGUACCUACACGAUUGACCAAAAGUUGCUAACGUGUCAUUAUAUUUUGUAAGCAGCUUCAUCUUCUUUGAAUAUGAACGGCAAACACUAUAAAGAACAUAAGGACGAGUUAUCAUCUAGGCUAUAAUUCUCUACGAAUGGGAAAACUGAUGUAACUGGUGCAUUUGUUUAUAACUAUUUGUUUUUGAGGAAAAACUGUGGAGCCUUGCUCCCCAGUGCAAAAAUCAAUUAAAAGAGAAACAAAGUACAGAGUUCUUACACAAGGUUAGCAGGAAGCUAACAAAGAAAAAGCUGGAACUAAACUAUUUGUUGAGGUAACUCUACUUAACAUGUCAAAUCAGGGAUUCAUGCAUCAGAUGUAUUGCAUAUUGAACAUUACAUGUGCAAUUAGUUCAAAUAACGCCACAAAGAAACGUGAAAAAGUAUAUCUGUAUUAGGAUUUAGGACACCUGUGUAUAUUCUGCCAUAUCAAAUAAUUUAGCACACUUUAAUGAUUUGCUAAAAGCACAGUGAAGUAGCAUAAUCAUAGUAGUAACUCUCAAUUUCCAAAAAAAAGCAAGGCAGAAGUGGAGUAUGAUGAAAAGAAACUGAGGAUAAGACCCUUCAAGAAGGCAGUCACAAGAUAACAAGUUCUGUGAAUGUCUAUUCUUCUGGUAACUUUUAAGGCAGCUAGCAUAUUCCAGAUUGGCAUUGUCACAUUCUAGGCUGUCUUCUGCUAAUCCAUGCAAGGUACACCUAACAAGCAAUUUUGGCAAUUCCAACCCAACAGGUUAGUAAUUUAUUAGUAUCUUGGCCUUUUGUAUUUGCUAUUUUUUUGAAAAACAUUUGUAUGUUUCUUAACUUUUGGUGCUGGCAGGAGGGGUACCCAAAAUUCUUGAUCAACAACUAAAAGAAAAUUAGGUUUCCCUGCAUAAAAAAAAACAACUAAAAGAAAAUAGAAUGUGCAGGAGAAGGGGAAAAGAGUUCUUAAGCGUUUGAGACUCCCUUGCUGUUAAAUAUGUAACUGUAGUAUCCUAUGAUAUCUUCAGCAAUUUGUUCCUGGAUCACACGAACUAUUAUGCAAUUAUGCAUUCAACUUCUAUCAGUAACUCAUAAGGUAUUUUCAUUUUAUUGAUGAUAAAUGGGGAAAAAUACAAAUACUUCUCCUAGAUACUGCUGCAACUACAAAUGGAGAAAAACAUUGCAUCCAAGUGUUUGAAGAGAUUGCCAGCAAGAUUGGAAUCUGUCAUCAGAUCGCUUGAGAUAGUUAGCAUUUGAAAGUGAAACAAAUAGAAGGCCUAUUAGAAAAUCUGAGGCAAACCAAAAUUGAAUUCAACACAAGAGCUUCUUUAUCCUUUUGUUUUGUUCUGAUCAUGAAAGAUAACCUUUUCACACUGCUGUUUAGGUACCAGUGGCACAUACGUCGUGGGAAUGAAGAGUUGAACCAAGAUGAGAAGUGGUAGCGUGCUGGAUCCUCCCCUCUUUUUUUUUUGGAAGAAGGCAGGAACGUUGCCUCGAACAAUUAAGGAGGAGCGUUCCCCCCCUCUUGAGCUGUAUCCAAUAUAUAUAUCUCUCUCGCACAUCUUCCCUGGGAUUCCGUGCUCCUCUUGCAGUCCUCAGAACGCAGCUCCCGCAGCCAGCCCCCAGAGCGCCGCCAGGCACAGGGAUCUGAAGUAUGGCACCGUCUCAACUUCCGGAGCUGGAGCUGUCCCCUACUGCUAUCUUCACCCGCUGCAAGGUGUGUGGAGGUUGUGAAGAGAAGGACAAGAGGUUCCUGGUCUGCAGCCACUCUGAGUGCUUUUACAAGUACUACCACGUUCGUUGCCUGACUAAAGAGCAGAUUGCAAGUGAUGUGCAGAUGGGCAGCCAGCUCUGGUACUGUCCAUCUUGCCUCUGCCGUGUCUGCCUGUGUGACACGGACGAUGAUAAGAUCAUCCUGUGUGACUGCUGCGAUCAGGCCUAUCACCUCUACUGCCUCAGUCCUCCUAAAACAAAGGUGCCUACGAAGUAUUGGGACUGCGACCCCUGCAAGAAGCGGAAGGAAAAGGAGAAGAGGAUAUUGAUGCUCCACAGGAAGGAUUACGACGGUGACAUUCUCAAGAGUACCGAGAUCGAUGGCCUGGACUUGCUGCUUAAUGCUGCGGAAAACUCGACGGGUGAUAAGGAGACGGAGGUGGCUACGACCACCGGAAAGUAAGAGGCAUGGAGGUUGUGAGCAAGCGGAUUUUGUUGUCCUCUGCCGUGAGUCCAGCUAGCGCGAAGUUUCUGCCCUGGGAGGCUCAGCUCUGCCCAGCUGAAUGGGACGAGCGGCUGAGGGCAGUAGAAACUUGUGCUUUCUGAACUGAAUGGUUAGAGAAUAUGAAUCCGCUACAAUUGCUCCAAUCUAUUUCUUUAUUUACCAUUUCUUUCACCUCAGCAAGGUCAUACUUGACAAACUUGCCAGCGUCUCUGAACUUGAGAAGAUUGUGAUUACCCGUGAUGGUUUUAAUGGUUUAUUAUGGAACUGGAACUUGGUAGACUUAAAGCA